AUGGCGACCUCGGGGAGCAGGAGAUGUGCGACCACCACGUGGCCGCUGCCCUUCCCUCCGUUUUUCAUGAAUGGAGAACCCCUUCGGCCAAGGCGCCUGCGCGGCCGCCGAGCCCCGCCCCCUCCGCCCGGCGCAGCCAAUGGGAGCGGGCGGGCGGUGUUGUGGUCACAGCGGGGCUGCUCCACUGGGGAUUACCGGGCACGACGUGUGCACCGGAGAGGUUCGGCACCCUUGGUCGCCGCCCCCGGUGGGGGUUUGGGGCCGUGUUCAGCCUGGGCAGCCUCCCCUGGAUCCCCCGGAGCCCCCUCUCCGGGGGUGAAGCUGGGAAUACCCAGCCGUCUUGUUCCCCUCCAUCCCGGUAAAACCUCCCUGGCCCACCAAUUCCUGGAGGGAAAGUUCGUGGAGUGCUACGAGCCCACGGUGGAGAGCACCCCCCUGACCUGGUGCCACCAUUACAGCCUGCAACAAGUGGUGGUGGGCAAGGCUGAGUUCCAGCUGCAGGUGGUGGACACAGCCAGGCAGGACGAGUACACCAUCCUGCUACACUCCAUCGUCAUCAGCAUCCAUGGCUACGUCCUGGUCUACUUGGUGACCUCCCUGCAGAGCUUCCAGGUGGUCCAGACCCUCCACAACAAGCUGUAAGAGAGGUGGGGGAAGACACGCAUGCCCGUGGUGCUGGUGGGGAACAAGGUAGACCUGGCCCUGCUGAGGGAAGGGGGCUGGGCAGUGAGGACAGAUGAAGGGAAGAAGCUAGUGGAGUCGUGGUUGGCCAUUUUCCUUGAGUCCUCAGCCAAGGAGAGCCAAAUGACCGUGGGGAUCUUCAUGAAGCUCGUUGAGGAGAACAACCACGUGGAGAAUUCCUACAGCAGAUCCACCAGCUACCACCUGAUGUGAUCCCUGGGAUGGGGCAGACCCUUCCCCAGAACCUUCACCCGGACCACGGCAGUGGCUCUGGGGAGGCCACAUGGUCCUGCUGUGGUUCGGAACCCCUCACUUUGCACAGGCUGUGGGGCUCACAGGGGGCUGGGAGCAGGCUGGGGGUUCUGUCCCAGGCAGGACCCCCCCAGCUCAUCACUGCUGUCCCCCACGUACACAAGGACAGGUCGGGGCCGUUCCUGCUCUGGCAGCCAGGGCUGAAUGCGGGUGUUGUUCCCAGCACGGGGCCGCAGCCCUGCUGGGCCGGACCCGUGGGA